GUGUGUAUGUGCGGGUUGAAAGUGGGAGAGAGGGUUUGGUGGUUGGAUGGGGAUGGCGAUGUAUCAAAGUUUAGGCGUCUGGAGGGACACUUGCAGUAGUUUGAACCUCAUUGGAGAUUGAUGGCUAUACAUCCUGCAUGGAUGGAGACCAGGAAUCCCUAUCGAGUGGCUUAAACUGAUAGAUGUACCUGCACGUUUAUUGUUUCCCUUGCCUGGCCCUUUGGGAAUCUUUUCUUUUUUUCUUUUUGUUUUGUUUUCUGUUCGUUUUUCUUUCCUUUCCUUUCCUUUUUUUUUGGUUUUUGGUUUUUCCCCCUCUCUCCCUGAGGUUUUUCGUGUUGAAGAGGUUCGAUGAUGGAAUGUAAAUAAUUUAAUUAAUCCCUAAUAAAAC